CAGUAUUUUCUUUAAUCAAGCUUAUAUAUUAAUAAUAUACAUAAUGCAUGUGUAAAUAUGAUAUAGUGAUCGUGAAUUUUUAAUUUUCGCUCAAAAGUUUCUAAAAUUUAUAUUUGUUAAAGUUUUUAAUAUAUUUUUUAAAAUUAUAAUAACCUUAUUAAAAAUAAGAAUAAAAUGAUUUUUAAUCUACUUAGCGGAGGAUUAAAAGUAAAAUUUAAGAAAAUUGUUGUAUUCGAUUCCAACACAAUAAGAUUGUUGUCAACUAGUAAUAAGCUUCACAAUAAGGAAAGAUGUAAAGUUCUGGUUGUGGGUGGUGGAACUGGGGGUUGUGCUGCUGCUGCAAAAUUAUCUCACAGGUUACCUAAGAAUCAGGUUAUGUUGGUUGAGCCUGCUGAUAAGCAUUACUAUCAACCGAUGUUUACUUUAAUAGGAGGUGGGAUGAAAAAUUUGGAUAGCUCAUGGAAGUAUAUGAAAAAAAUUCUUCCAGAAAAAGCUAAAUGGAUUCAAGAAAAAGUUGUUAAGUUUGAACCAAGUAAUAAUAUUGUUGUUACAAAUACUAAUAAAGAAAUAGAAUACGAUAUAUUGCUAAUUGCAAUGGGCCUUCAGCUUAAUUAUAAUAAGGUGCCGGGUUUGGUAGAAGCACUUUCUAUACCUGAUGGAAAUGUAACUUCUAUUUACUCUCCAAAGUAUGUCAACAGACACUGGGAAGCUUUGCAGAAAUUUCAAUCUGGGAAUAUUAUAUUCACAUUUCCAAAUUCACCAGUUAAAUGUCCUGGAGCUCCACAAAAAAUUGUGUAUAUCACAGAAGAAUAUCUUAGAAAGCAUAAUAAAAGACAAAAUUCGACUGUAACUUACAUGACAUCAUUACCUGUUAUUUUCGGCGUAAAACCGUAUGCAGAUGCUCUCUGGGAAGUUGUGAAAAAGCGUGAUAUAAACGUGACGUUGAGAAAAAAUUUGUGUGAAGUGAAACCUGAACAAAACGUUGCCGUUUUUCAAGAUUUAGAUAAUCUUACAAAAUUUAUAGAAUUGGAGUAUUCAUUACUGCAUGCUGUUCCCCCAAUGUCGGCCCCACUUGAGUUAGCGCAAAGUACUGAACUAGUAAACGAAGCGGGCUUUGUUGAUGUACAUCCAAGUACUAUGCAACAUAAAAAAUAUAAUAAUAUAUUUGCAAUAGGAGAUUGCUCUGCUUCUCCAAAUUCAAAAACAGCUGCUGCUGCUGCUGCUCAAACCCCGGUUGUUGUGGAUCAUAUAAUGGCAAUAAUAAAUGGUAAAAAAUUAGAACGGGUGUAUGAUGGUUAUGCUUCAUGCCCCUUGGUAACUGGUUACAGCAAAUGUAUUUUAGCAGAAUUUGAUUAUGAUUUAAAACCGAAAGAAACAUUUCCAUUUGAUCAAAGAAAGGAACGUUAUUCAAUGUUUAUAAUGAAAAAAGAUUUUAUGCCUUUAUUGUAUUGGCAUUUGAUGUUAAAUGGUUAUUGGAAUGGUCCCGAUACAAUGAGAAAUUUAUUGAAUAUAUUCAGCUUUGGUAAAAAGAAAUACUAAAAAUGACAAGUACACAUUGAUGUAAUGACAAAAAUAUAUAUACAUACUUACGUAUGUUUUUAACUUAUGAUAUUAUUAAGUUGACAAUAUUUACAAAAAUAUAAAAUAUAUUUUCAUAAUAU